AUGGACCCGCCAUCGCCAUGGAAAACACCAAACCAAGUUAUGCAGAUACAUAAACUAAAAAAGCGUAAAAAAGCUUUACAGGAACGUAUGAAACAGUCCUCAAACUCGAUUCCUACAGAAACAAGUUCAACAAGCAAAACGUCAGUUAACUUAGAUUUCUCUAGAAUUCUUAACGGUGAUAAAAGAAAAAAUCCAUUUUCCAAGACAACUGCACAACAGAAUAAAAAAGUAAAGUUAGAUGAUACUAUACAACUAGAUGAAUCAAAUGAUAAAACUCUUUUUGCAUUAUUAAAUUUACCUAAAGUAAUUGAGAAACCACCACAUGAAGUUGACACAGAAAAAUUAUCAACAUUUUCCAAUCUUCUACAAAAAUUCACUGCUGAGCAUACAGUAGAAAAUAAAGUAAUAGAGAAGAAGUACAAGAAACUGCCAAUAGACUGGGCUCUGAAAACAAAAUUAAGACUUAUGUCAGCUAAACCAUUCCCAUGGACAAAUAAAUUAAAAGCUAGUGAGGAAGCUUCAGGAAUAACAGGAUUUGUCCGAUGCUUAGACACAACAUCUUCAUCUACAUUAGACACGUCGCCGAGAGCGCGUUUUCAUCAGACAUGUUUAUAUUGGCAACAUCCACACUUGCCUUGGUUAAAUCUCUUUCCGCGGUCUGGCAGAGUUGCGGCCACCAGCUUCCUGGCUACCAAUGAAGAGGUCAAAAAAGCCCUGCUUACAGAAUGGACAGAGAGUUUUAGAUCCUUGUUUCAGCUAUUACGUGCACUACACUGCCCAUAUUUCUAUGUCUGUGGCAACACAUUUACAUGUCUGUUCCUAGCAGCUGGAAUCUGUGGAAUGACUGAACCCACAGCACUAAUAGCACCCACAACUAGGGGCUUCAGACAGACCUUAAGGCAAGAGGAUGUGGAAUACACGAUGCCACUCAGGCCUGAUCAAAAGAAGAAGAUGAAUACCUCAGAGGAAGAUCGCAAGAAUUCCUCCCACGAUAGUUGUUAUGACACAAUGGACACAGGGGAACAUGUUUCGGGGGAUGAAGAGGAUCCUCAUGAGUUCCUUUCUCAAAUGGGAUUGGAAACUGAUGAAAUUAAUAAGAUAAAUAAUGCGCAGGCCCGACUAGCCCAUACCGCAGAAAGCACAGUCGACAAUGCAGCCGAGUCUUUAGUGGCUGUACGAGGCGUGGAUGCGCAGGCCCUAUUUAAUUUCCUUCUCAACUGCAAGUCUUUAGUCAGCCCCAAUGGACCCUUCGCAGGGGUCCCACCCACUUUGUUAUCUCCUACAGCCUUUCAUGGAGGAACGCUGCAGUCUUUAAAGGUCCGUGAAAACGUAAUCCUAUCAGAUAGUAAAAAAUAUUACUCAAUAGAGUUAAGAGGUCCACUUCUGCCGACUGCCCUUCACUCAAUAUUCAGAGUCUUAAAUACCACAUCCAAUGCCCAAUACAGCGCCACUUUCGCACAUCAUCAGCCAACGCUGGCCUUCUCUUGGGCAGCAAAGGUCAUUUCUGAGGAUGAAUCAACGAAAGAAAACGAGCCCAAUCACUUCGCCAAAGCAUUUAACAAGGAAAACCUCUCAGACUGUGGUAUAAGUGAAGAUUUAUUAACACAUUUUUGUUCCUCUGAAACGAAUAGCAUCCUUUCUUUAGAUAGUGUUAAAUAUAAUUCGGAAGAUGAUACGUUUACGUGGUGA